AUGUCUCGAACCAUUGGUUUUCUUGCGGCCGCCGGUCUCUUGCGUACCGCCGCCGCCGGUCUUUACGCAGGAUUGAGCACCGCGAACCACACUUGCACACUCGCCGAGCCCGUUUUGUCCUGCUCUUGCGGUGCGAGCCCCGACAAAGUCGACACCUGCUGCGUCGAGACCUACGGUGGCCUAGUGCUUGCGACCCAAUUCUGGAACACCCACACUGGCCUCGAGUCCGAAGGCCAGAAGUUGCCCCAAGAUUCGUGGGGCAUCCACGGCUUGUGGCCCGAUUUCUGCAACGGCUCUUACACCCAAUAUUGCGAUCUCAGCCGCCAGUAUGACCCGAUCCCCUCCCCCAACACCACGACCGGGAAGCCGGACGGUACUCCGGUCCCGGCGUGGACCGGCUCGUCUUUCGACGCCUUCGUCAAGCCAUUUGAGAGGUUCGACUUGUUGGAAUACAUGAACAAGUUCUGGAUCGCUCAGUACACCCCCAACUGGGUCCUCUGGGCCCAUGAGUUCUCCAAGCACGCCACAUGCUUCAGCACCUUCGAUGUCGAGUGCUACGGACCCAAGUACCAGGAGCACGAGGAAAUCGUCGACUUCCUCGAGACCACUGUUCACUACUACAAGGAGACCCCGACCUGGAAGUGGCUCGCCGAUAAGGCCAUCACGCCUUCCAAUGCGACCGCCUAUUCCCUCGCCGACUUCCAGACGGCCCUCAAGGAGGGCCAUGGAGCGGUCCCGUACAUCGGCUGCUCCGGCCCCCGCUACAACGCCACCGAAGCCGGUAAAGGCUCCCUCGACAACGGGUACACCCAGCUCAGCGAGGCCUGGUACUACUUCCACGUCUACGGCAAGCCCCAGCGUGGCGACAGCGUCCCCGUCGCCGCCGAUAUCAAUGGUGGCCGCGUGUCGAACUGCGCAACGACGGAGGGUGCUGUCUGGUAUUACGAGCGCGCCGAGGGAUCGGUGCAGUAG